AUGGCCAAAGGAGUCUGGGAGAACAUUAGCGCUGCGAAGCGCGAAGCUCUGCUCUCCUCUAUCCCCCCCGAAUGGAUAAUCCCUGCCAAUAUCAUUCCUCCAGAAUCACAGAAUGAUGUUACUACUUUUCCUGAGAAUUCAGGCUGGUUCACCUCCGAAGAGCUGAAGAUCACAAACACACCUGCCCACGAGAUCCUUGACAAGACCACAUCCGGUGUCUGGACGGCCGAAGCUGUCACUCGUGCCUUUUGCAAGAGAGCCGCAGCGGCACAUCAGUUGACCAACUGCCUCUCGGAGACGCUGUUCCCGGAGGCCAUAGAGACGGCAAAGGCGCUUGACGCCCAUCUUGCCUCGACCGGGAAGCCCAUCGGUCCCCUUCACGGCCUGCCCAUCUCCCUCAAAGACAACUUCAACGUCAUCGGCAAGGAUUCCACUCUUGGUUUCAGUGCCUGGGUCAAUGAUCCGGCAACCUACAACAGCGUUCUCACCAACCUCCUUCGUGAUGCCGGAGCUGUUCUUUACGUUAAGACAAAUGUCCCCACUGCGAUGAUGAUUGCGGAGACUGUGAACAAUGUCUUUGGACGGACAACGAAUCCACGGAACAGACUCCUUACCUCCGGAGGUUCAUCGGGCGGUGAAUCAGCUCUGAUUGCAUUUGGCGGAAGUCCACUGGGCGUUGGGACAGAUAUCGGUGGUUCUCUCCGUAUUCCCGCAGCCGUCACCGGUAUUUUCACCCUCCGUCCCUCCUUUGGACGAUUCCCGAACUUCCAUACAAAAUCCGGACUCGCUGGUCAAGAAUCGGUACUCAGCGUCAAUGGGCCCAUGGGACCUUCCCUUGAUUCACUUUCUCUCUUCGCAUCUACAGUAACAAAUUCCCAGCCUUGGCUCAAGGACCCUAAGUGUAUCCCUAUCCCCUGGAGAAAUGUUGAGCCCAAAAAGAAGCUCAAGAUCGGAAUCAUGUGGGAUGACGGCAUGGUUCGCCCCACGCCUCCAGUACGCCGAGCACUAAAGGAAACCGCAGAGAAACUCCAAAAAGCAGGCCAUGAGAUCGUCGACUGGGCUCCAACGGGGCACGACAAGGCUAAUGAUAUUCUGGACCGCUUCUUCCUCUCCGACGGCGGGAAAUCCGUCCAGAAACUCCUCUCCUUAUCCGACGAGCCCAUCCGUCCCGAGAUGGAACGCUACGGCAGAGCCGUCGACCGCGGGGUCUACGAGCUCUGGCAGCUCCACGCUGAGCGAAACACGCUGCAGAAAGAGUACAUUGACCGGUGGAGCACCGCAGGCCUAGACGCUAUUCUCUGCCCGGUAUGCCCCUUCGCAGCCGUUGAACAUGGCAAGUUCAAGCACGUCGGCUACACUGGCGUCUACAACAUCCUCGACUACUCGUGCCUUUCUUUCCCAUGCAACGUGACCGUAGACCAGGCGAUCGACAUCCCCCGGACGGACGAGGCGCCACUAAGUGACGUAGACGAGCAGGUCCAGAAAGAGUAUAACCCAUCCGCCAUCCAUGGCAUGCCCGUCAGCUUGCAACUCGUUGGCCGGAGAUUAGAAGAAGAGAAGGUGAUCAUGAUGGGCCAAGUCAUUCUCAAGGCCCUCUAA